UAUCCCCUUACGCGCGUGACAAUGAAUGUGAGGCUGAAGAGAAGCAAAUAAAGUGUGCAAAUGAAGAGGCUGUGUCGACACCCGGUGAGCAAGGUGGGCAAUCCACCUCUCAAACGCCCUCCAUGUGCGUGACGUUGAUAAGAAGCACUCAAGCACAUAUAUGUUACAAGCUGCAUAGGAAUACCAACGAUGUCAGUCUUCUUUCUUGUGAAAAUCGGGGUGCGUAGGCAUCAAGUACAUCGGGGUGUGGGCAUCAGCGAGCGUGCAUAGAUACACCGUGUCGUAACCUUACGUGAGUUUCGAAAACUUAUAACUAGCUGCAACCCGCGAAAGUGUAUACAAGCGAUACCUGAUACUUUGCCAUUUGGCGAACAUGGCGAACAUCACCAAUAAUAUCGGACCGAUAAUCGACAAGCUGCCCAUAAACGGCUGGAACGAACGAUGCGUAACACAGCUAGAGAAACAGCUCGUCCACCUCGUUGAUGCGUGGGGCCAUCGCAUGGAGACAUUCACCGACCAAACAUGGGGGAUCACUUUGAGAGACUGCUAUCAAUUCUGUAGUCUGGACGCUGUUCCUUACAUAUUCAACUUCCAGACAUUCGCAUCGGCGUUCACCAACUUCCUACUCCCCUGGCUCGCAUUGACCGCACAACUGCCCUACGAAACAUCCACACCAUGGGACAACUUGCUAUCACUGUGCCUUUCCGUCGGAUCCCCAGCGUUGAUCACAUACUCGCUCACCCUCACGAUCCUGAACCGUUACAGCCUUCGCACGCGCUGGCAUACGUUACAACAAACCGCCCAGUCCCGCGCCGUGCACGACAAGUACACAGACUAUUCCACCCGUGUCAAGGCGAUUCAGUUCCUGCUGCAAGAAGCACAGCAGGUGCCGCUGCGAGCAAGCCAGGAGCGAGGUUGGCUAAGCAGUCUAAUUGUGGGACCUAAGAACCAGGCGUGGUGGAAGAAUCUGCAAAGGAGAUUGAUGAGGACGAGGAGGGGCGUUACCUUCUCACUCGUUGCGCAGAUCGCUGCUGCUGCUGUGGCGUGGUUAUUUACGAUUGCUUCGGGAUUCAUUGAUAGUAGAGGGGAUCGCGUCGUAGCGAAUCAGUUGAGCAGCGGGACGCUUUGGCUAUGGUUGAUACCGGUUAUAUGGGGUUGGGUGACGGUAGGGACGCAGAAUGGUGCUGACUCGAUUGAUGAGGCAUUACGCGCAGAUGUUGCGUAUCGGGCAAAAGAACCGCCGUUGAUCACUGAAACCUCGGUGAAUGAGAAGGCUGAACAGCGUGGGAUCAUGGUCCGAUCGGUGACGAAUCUGGAUCUCCCCGGAUGGCUUGGUGCGGACAUCAUGGGCGAUGAGAAAAGAGUUGGGCCCAUUUUCAACUAUGCGAGGGUGUUUACAUGGUGGCAGUUGGCACGGACAGUAGAAUCGGCACUCAGCACAACUGUGAACGCUAUAGCGACUGGGGAGACAUGCAAACCUGCACAGGAAAAAGAUGUGCUGAAGCGGUGGAACAGUGAGCGAAGACCUGAGGAGAACCUAGCGGGAGAUUCCUGGACUACCGCACAAUAUUGCGGACUGGAGCUGAAUAGAGGACAGAUCCUAGCCUACCCCGAGUGGAGCGAAAUCACGCCCGAGGUGUGGAAACGGAUCAUUGUGGCAGGGGUCGUGGCACUUUUUGUUCAAUGGGGAACGACUGGGCCUGGGAUUCUGAUUGCAUAUUACACGCCCACGAGAGGCAUAGGGUGCCGAACUGCUUCAUACCUCGUGUAUGGAGGGCUCGGGACUCUAGUGUGGAUCUUGCUAGCCGCGUCUAUGUUUUUCUCCCAUGCGGCAAUGGGGUACGAACGCUCAAGUUACCAUUCCUUCCUCUGUGGAUGCGCCGUCGUGAGUCGAGUUAUAGGAAAGACGCUUGCGAUAGGUAAUGCCCUGUGGCUUGUCCUCACUGCCCUCUUAGAAUACACCGGCGUGUAUGAUCGAUGCUACUGUAGAGGGAACCAAACAAGCCUCGGUAUGGAUGGAGGCUGGGUUGCUCUCUUCAAGACCCAAGAUGAGCUCGCCCAUAUCGCGACGUCUCCGUGGGCGGGAGCAGUAGCGAUGAGUAUUCUUAUCUGUUUCGGUAGCUAUCUCUUCUUUUGGCUUGGGAGUCGGACCAGUUCCAGGGAGGAGUAUUGAUUAUCUUUCAUGUAUCCCAGUCGCAGAGGCCUCGGCUGUAGUUUGCUAUCAUUUGGAACCCUUAUCCUUCAAAUAUCAAUCCAAGCCCC